AUGGGAGAAACCAACUGGUCCUCCCCCGUGGUGGGGUUCAUUCUCCUGGGACUCUCGGCCCACCCAAGGCUGGAGAAAACGUUCUUUGUGCUCAUUCUGUCUAUGUAUCUGGUGAUCCUGCUGGGCAAUGGGGUCCUCAUCCUGGUGACCAUCCUUGACUCCCGCCUGCACACGCCCAUGUACUUCUUCCUGGGGAACCUCUCCUUCCUGGACAUCUGCUACACAACCUCUUCCAUCCCUCUAGUCCUGGAUGGCUUCCUCACUCCCAGGAAAACCAUUUCCUUCUCAGGCUGUGCCAUGCAGAUGUUCCUCUCCUUUGCCAUGGCAGGGACAGAGUGUGUGCUUCUGAGCAUGAUGGCAUUUGAUCGCUAUGUGGCCAUCUGUAACCCCCUGAGGUACCCUGUGGUCAUGAGCAGGUCUGUGUAUGUAUCCAUGGCUGUCAGCUCCUGGACAAUUGGUGGGGCUGCUUCUGUGGUACACACAUCCCUGACGAUUCAGCUGCCUUUCUGCGGGAACAACGUCAUCAACCACCUUGCCUGUGAGAUCCUGGCUGUCCUGAAGUUGGCCUGCGUUGACAUCUCCAUCAAUGUGAUCAGCAUGGGAGUGACAAAUGUGAUCUUCCUGGGGGUCCCAGUUCUGUUCAUCUCUGUCUCUUAUGUCUUCAUUAUUGCUACCAUCCUGAGGAUCCCUUCAGCUGAGGGGAGGAAAAAGGCCUUUUCUACCUGCUCUGCCCACCUCACUGUGGUGGUCAUCUUCUAUGGGACCUUAUUUUUCAUGUACAGGAAGCCCAAGUCUAAGGAUCCCCUGGGGGCAGACAAAGAGGACCUUUCAGAUAAGCUCAUCCCUCUCUUCUAUGGGGUGGUGACCCCCAUGCUCAACCCCAUCAUCUACAGCCUCAGGAACAAGGACGUGAAGGCUGCUGUGAGGAACCUGGUGGCUCAGAAAUACUUCACCCAGUGA